GCAGCCAAUUGCAAACCAAAGCACCGCACAACUUGCGUCUCCAAAUAACACCAUAAUCCAGUCUCCCUCACCGACAAUCCCAACUCCCAGCCAAGAUGGAAGAAGAACAACCCCCCGACCUCGCCGCCACAAUGGGCUUCACCUCCUUCGGCAGCGCGAGCACCGCCAAGAAACGUCGACACUCGCAGACGAACAACAGCCCGCCAACCUCCAAUUCCACCGGCGCGAAUUCCCUGCGCCUAGGCGUAAGACCAAAACUCACCGAGGAAAGAAAAGAAAGAGGAGAACAAGAAGAAGAAACCAACGUGAUCCAAACCACCGAAACCGAUCACCCCAAAGGAAACGGAAAAGCAAUCGCAAAAGCGAAAAACAUCCCAGCGACAUCCCUAGCAGAAUUCCUCUCCCGCGGCCAGGCAUUACCAGAUAAACCGGCUACUCCAUCGCAUUCCUUCCCAUCUACGACAUCAUCCGCCAUUCAAUCCCAGCAACCCCAUCAUCCUAACCCUCACCAAUCCACCACAACCCCCUCGUCAACAGAAACAAUCUCCUUCGGCGGUCACGCACUCACCAGAGCCGACCUCGACGCCUUGCGCCAAGGCGUCCGUGAUGAAAAGGGGGACGUGGCGUUUUUCCUGCCGAGUUUCGUCGAGGAGAAUCCGUGGGCGGGGUUGAAUGGUAAGGCCCAGGUUCAGGGUCAGACCCAGGUUGCUGCUGGGUGGGGAAGGGGUUGAGGUGGGGAGUGAGAGGAACCGGCAGGUUUCUUUUUUCCUUUGUGACAGAGGGAGAAUGAGGAGAGGAGCCGCAACUCUAUGAUUAUUUGACUUCGAC